ACUUUCGGUCUGAGGACGCGGAAAGGGCAGUGGGCGGAGCCUCUGCUCGCUCUCUUGCGGUCGCGGGGGGACUGCAUUGCCCGGCGUCCCUGGAGCUACUUCCGGAUCCGGUCCUGCACCUGCACUUCCCGUCCGAUGCUGGCGGCGGGGCUGAGGGGCCUUCCCGGCCUGCUGGGCCGCGGCGCCCCGAGUCUGGUCCCCGCGCGAGGCCGCAAGACCCGCUUCGACCCUCCGGCCAAGUCCAAGGCGGACCGGAUCAAGGUGCCUCCGCCCGUCGACCCGGCCGAGCUGCUGGUCAUCCUCGAGCGCUUCGAGCAGUACCGGCGGGUGGUGAGCGCCCUCAGACUGGAGAUGAAGGAAGAAAUACAGUUCAAAAGCUACGAUCACAGGCAUGGGGAAAUGGCGAAGUUAAGGAAGAAAGCUCAGGAAGAGGAACAUCAACGUCUCAUGGCCUUGAAUGAUGCAGAAAACAAGCGUUUACUCGAGCGAAGGUUGGAGCGUCUCCAGAAGGAGGAAUUACUGAAGAAGGCCCGCAAGCUGCAAAGCGACCAACACAGGGUAGCCUUUCAGGAGGAAUUCCUCAAGAAGAAAGAGGAGGAGGUGCUUCAGCUACAGGAAGAAUCCCAGCAUUUCAUCACUCUUGAAAACCUGGACCAGCGGAUUGAGGAGUGCCUGAACCAGACGCAGAAUUACAAUUUUGCCAUUGAUAAAGACGGGAGGAUAGUGAAGAGGACGGCCAUGCCGUAGGCCAGAGGAAGGAGCGUUCUCCACCCAGAUCCGAGGUUGGCGGUGAGCGAUCGAGGGAUCGCGCACGGCUCCACCCCGCCAGUAUCACUACCCUCAAAAGGCGGGGGGGAAGGGGGAACGGUGGAUAAUUCGUGCUUUCCAAACUCUGCCAGUCUGGUUUUGUCAUUGGCGCCAGCUGUUUUUCAGGAAGAAAUGGAUCCUCUUCAAAGAUUAUGUGUGUGUGGAGGGGGGUGGUUAUUUUGGCAUCUCAUCCUCACUUGUCCCUGCAUUGAAGAACUCGAUUUUUGAGAGAGGGAUCCUAUUUCCGUAUGUGCGCAAAACCAGUUUGUUCCUUUUUCACAGUUUGGUUUCUUUAGACAAAGGAAACGGUGCUUAGGGAAGCUUAUUCACUAAGUUCUCUGGACUGCUCUAUCAUUAAAUACCAUAUUUUA